UGUAGAGCUUUGUAAAUACAUAAAAAUACGUUGUGAGGUCUGUCCCAAAGCGGAAGCCAAGACGAAUGACGUCCGAAUUUUCAGGCAGUGCGACAUCGCGCCCGACAAACUCACUCAGCUAAACUCCCCAUCCUCUACGAAAUUCACUUGUCUGUUCUUCCAUCAUGAAUGCAUCCAAGACUCUUGUAGUGGACAACGGAACAGGAUUUGUCAAGUGCGGUUAUGCCGGCUCCAACUUCCCUGAAUACGUCUUUCCCUCCGUCGUCGGUAGACCCAUUUUGCGCGCUGAAGAAAAAGUCGGCAAUGUCGAAGUGAAGGAUCUUAUGGUCGGUGACGACGCAGCCAGUUUGCGCAAUAUCCUGCAAAUGUCAUACCCUAUGGAGAACGGAAUUAUUAGAAACUGGGAAGAUAUGCGCCAUUUGUGGAAUUAUACAUUCGAUGAAAAACUCAAGGUCGACCCUAGAGACUCCAAAAUCUUGCUCACCGAAGCUCCUAUGAACCCACGCGCUAACCGUGAAAAGAUGGUCGAGGUCAUGUUUGAGGAGUAUGGUUUCCAGGGAGUCUAUGUCGCCAUCCAAGCCGUCCUUACACUUUAUGCUCAGGGUCUUCUUUCCGGUGUUGUCGUCGACUCUGGUGAUGGUGUUACUCACAUUGUCCCUGUCUAUCAAGGUUUCGCACCACAAAACUUGACUCGCCGUUUAGAUGUGGCUGGUCGUCAUAUAACGAGACAUCUUAUCAAGCUUUUGCUCAACCGAGGUUAUGCCUUCAACAGAACCGCUGAUUUCGAGACUGUUCGUCAAAUCAAGGAGAAGUUGUGCUACGUCAGCUAUGACCUUGAGCUGGACUCGAAGCUAGGCAAUGAAACCACUGUUUUGGUGGAGGAAUAUGAACUUCCUGAUGGUCGUGUCAUCAAGGUUGGAUCAGAAAGAUUCGAGGCACCAGAGUGUAUGUUCCAGCCUCACUUGGUCGAUGUUGAAGCACCCGGUGUUGCAGAAAUGCUCUUCAACACUAUCCAGGCUGCUGAUAUUGAUAUUCGUUCCGAACUCUACAAGCACAUUGUCCUUUCUGGAGGCUCAACCAUGUACCCUGGUUUGCCAAGCCGUCUUGAAAAGGAAGUGAAGCAAUUGUAUUUGACGAAUGUCCUUGGUGGUGACGCAAGUCGAUUGAGCAAAUUCAAAAUUCGCAUUGAGGACCCCCCAAGACGCAAACACAUGGUCUUCCUUGGUGGUGCUGUUCUUGCUGAUAUCAUGAAGGAUAAGGAUUCAUGGUGGAUUACCAAGCAGGAGUGGGAUGAACAAGGAGUUCGAUCUUUGGAGAAGCUCGGCAUUGUUGGCUCCAGCGGAUAGAUAUAAUGUAUUUUGUGAUAUUGCUUACGUUUUCAAAAAAUAAGACCAUGGCUGCUAUGUGAUGAGAUGAGAGAAUAAGGGUAGAUGCCUUGAACCAAUAUCAGUACUGCUUUUCGGUACCUUUGGCCAUAAAUUUGCCAGUCACAAGCCCCGCCUCGAGUAUAAAAUUUUUCAUUUUCCUCGGCAA